AUGGAGGGGGACAGCCGCGCGCUGGGGGGCGCCGGCAGCCUGUGGCAGGACCCCUGGGCCAUCGCGCUCACGCCCAGCAAGCCCGUCACCGCGGGCGGGCAGGGCGCCCGCGCGGGAGGCGGCGGCGGCGGCGCCGGCCGCGACCGAGCCCUGAGCGUGGUCUACGUCUCCACCGAGGACAUGGAGGAGCCGCCGCCGCUGCAGUGCCUGCGGGAGGCGUGCAAGGAAGUGCCGGCGGCCGAGCUGACGACGGUGCCCUUUGGCACCGUGAUGCUGGGGGACACGGACACCUUGGACCAUUUCUACAACGCAGAUGUCGUGGUGGUGGAGAUGAGCCACACCCUGUGCCAGCCCUCGCUCUUCUACCACCUGGGAGUGCGCGAGAGCUUCAGCAUGACCAACAACAUCCUCCUCUGCUGUUAUUCGGAUCUCCCGGAGCUGCAGGCCAUCCGGGACUGCAACAGCUGCUACACCUUCAUUCCCUAUGUGGUGACAGUCCAGAACAAGGUGUUUUGCUGUGAUCCCAACACCAUGAUGUGCCUGAGUGAACUUUACCAACCUACCUUCAAUAUGGCAGCUUUCUUCAACCCACUGUCUGCGCAGCUCGCAAAACUGCUUGAGGGCACUACCACCAGCUCCAGCGGGCACCCAGAGGUCUUGAUUCUAGAGCUGGGCCGAGUGUUGCAGCCAUCUCAGCUCAAAGUCUGCAACCAGGAAGGAAACAAAUCGGUGACACUAAGUCAUAUUGGCUCCUUGGAGGAGGAAGGAAUUUCCACUUGGACAUUCCCCAUAUCAUCCAUCCGUGGAAUCAGCAUCUCCAAGUGUGAUGAGCGGUGUUGUUUCCUCUACGUGAUGCACACAGCUGAAGAUUUCCAGUUGUACUUCCCUACCCAGUAUCAUUGCUACUGGUUUUGUGAACUGGUCCACUCUUUCAUGGCAGAGGUGGGUGAAGAAGGGAACAGCUGCAGCUCUCUGGAGGAGCUAGAGUAUGACUAUGAAUACACAGAAUCUGGUGACAGGGUGAUUCUGGGCAAAGGCACCUAUGGGGUGGUCUACGCUGGCCGAGAUCUCAGCAACCAGGUGCGCAUCGCCAUUAAGGAGAUCCCAGAGCGGGACAGCAGAUUCUCGCAGCCCCUGCACGAAGAGAUCGCUCUUCACAAGCGUCUGAAGCACAAGAACAUUGUCCGCUAUCUGGGCUCUGUCAGUCAAGACGGGUUCCUCAAGAUCUUCAUGGAGGAGGUCCCUGGGGGAAGCCUCUCUUCUCUCCUGCGCUCCUGGUGGGGACCUUUGAAAGACAAUGAGUCAACCAUUGUCUACUACACCAAGCAAAUUCUGGAGGGGCUCCGUUACCUGCAUGACAACCAGAUUGUCCAUCGGGAUAUCAAGGGAGAUAACGUCUUGAUCAACACAUACAGUGGAGUCUUAAAAAUUUCAGACUUCGGCACCUCCAAGAGGUUAGCAGGUAUCAGUCCCAGCGCAGAGACAUUCACAGGCACCCUGCAGUACAUGGCCCCAGAGGUCAUUGAUCAAGGCCCCCGUGGCUAUGGCAAGCCGGCUGACAUCUGGUCCCUGGGCUGCACCAUCAUUGAGAUGGCUACAGGCAAGCCACCUUUCUUCGAGCUGGGCAGCCCACAGGCCGCCAUGUUCAAGGUGGGCAUGUUCAAGAUCCACCCUGAGGUGCCCAGUUCCAUGUCAGAGGAAGCCAAGGCCUUCAUCCUGAGUUGUUUUGAAGCCAAUCCAGACAAGCGGGCAACUGCAGCUGCCUUGCUUCAGGAGCCCUUUCUGAAGGCCUCCAGUCGGAAAAAAUCCAGGAGCCCAGUAAUGCCAGAUACAUUGUCGCCAUCAAACACACCUGAACGGUCGGUUUCUGUGGACUGUGUUGGUGAGGCCAGGAACCGCUCCUCAUCUUUGCAGUCUUUAAGGCCACCAACAGAGAACAUAUUUCUAGCUCGGAGUACCAGUGAAAUAGUCCAGAAAAACAACUUCCUGCGGCCUCCGGAGGAGCCGACCAAUGUGGACCUCAGUCUCUCUGCUUCCUCCCACGAGGAGAGCAGCUGCUUGUUCUUGCUGAAGAAAGACAGCGAACGGAGAGCCACGCUGCACACGGUGCUGUCCGAAGAGCUGCCCAGCAUCGUGGCCGCCAUACAUGAGGCGCAGGGCAAGGCCGGUCCUUCUCCACCAUCCUCCCCUGGGUGCCUGCUGUCCUUGGAGCACAUCUGCCAGCUGGUGUCCUGCCUGAAGAACUACAUCCGCUCUCCCAGCCGCAAACAGCUGGCUCAGGACUUGCUGCAGCUCCAGACCACCUUGCAGAAGGAUGGGCUGAGCCUCUAUCAGGUGCAGGCCCCGCUCCUCACUUUCCAAGAUGCGGUGAAGCAUGCACUGCGGAAGCUCCAAAUCAAGCCUCACUGGGUAUUCGCUCUGGAUAACCUCAUGGGGCAAGCGGUCCAGGCAACCUUUACCAUCCUCUUAACAGAGGUCAGAAUAAAACCACAGCUUUUGACUGGAGAAGGUGAGGGACACCUGAGCAGUCCAGAAGAACAAGACAGCAGCCUUUCGACCCAACAACCGCCAUCUUUGAAAAGCCAGGACAACACCCUCAAGGUCAACAGAGGCACACCAAGCUCUGGAGUUGGCACCUCCACCAGCAGCUGGCUGGACUCCCAGAUGCCCCAGAAAGACCAGUUGUCCCUCAUGGCUCAGCUGAGCCAGCUGCAGGCCGAGACGAGAAAACUACAGUGGGAACUGAUGGAGAAGGAGCGUGAAUACCAGAAGCUCCUGCAGGAGGCACUACAGACUACAGAACAGAACACCUGUGCCCUGAGAAGCCAAAAGCUAACAGUCUCUCCUCCCCCAGCAUUUACCUGGGAGAGAAAGGAAGAGGCCGCAGAUCCCCUCCUUGCCGAGUGGUUAGAAAAACACGGAGCAGACAAAGCCACAAUUGCAACGCUCUCAUCCCAUAGAUUCACCUUGCUUGACCUGCUGAAUUCUGCCACGGCUGAUGACCUCCGGUACACCUGCAUCAGAGGGGGCAUGGUGUGCCGUAUCUGGGGCGCCAUCUUAGAGCAUCGAAAAACCUUUGACCAGCAGGUGCAACACACAGCCAAGUGAGAGUGGAAGACUAAAAGCCCAGACGUGUUCACAAGGCAUCCGGCCCUGGACUUCACAGACCUCUUUCUUGCCCAGCAGCGAAAAAGAAGAAAAACAACGCCUCGCAGGAUUUCAGGCUGCAGACUUAUCCGUCCUCACACUGAGGCAAUGCAAACUGGCUUUCCAUCUUUCCUCUGAGUGGGGAAAGUGGGAAAACUUCCCUAGCAGCUCGGGCAGACAAGGGUCAGAAAAAACCUCAGAGUCCGUUCCUAUGGAAGAGCCUCUGCUGAUACCUGCAAUGCAAACUCUUUUUCUGGACUGAGAAAUAGAGAUUCCUCCACUGGGCUGAAUCUCGAAAGGAAAGGGACAGGAGGAGUCUUGCGGCCCUGCAGGCAUCAUGGGGAGGGGGCUGCUCUGGGAUCAGAAGCAGAAGACUGCUGCUGGAAUCCAAUUGUAGCCAAUGAGGCCUAAACCGUAAUGCCAGAUAGAAUUCCUCCUCCUGGCCUCUGGCACCUGCAAACCAAACUGCGCCGGUUUAGGUGUCUUGGCCCAGUACAGAAGAGGAGAAACAUGCCUGCUGCCUUAGCAUCCCCCUCCUGAAGAGCAAGAGGGAAAGUGGGCACCACGUGGAAGGAGGUUGUGAUGCAAAGGACUUAAAAGGAACAUUAAUAAAAAUAGGUGGAGGAAA